CCACCAUUGAUUUGAACAGAUUACAGAUUUCGCGUGGAGCUGUGUCCUGAUAAAGUCUGGGGGAGCCGAAGAAAUAUUUAUUCCUCGAACACUCCUCCUCUCCUUCGCUCCCACUUCAUACACACCACAUCCGCAUUCUCAAGGACACAAGAGAAUACGACUACCACUAUGGCGAGAUCACAACAGACGUCCCUCUUGGGCUUCUCUAUUCUUGCCUUCUUCGUUCUUCUGUUCUCCGUGGGGUUCCUGAGUACAGCACACGCACAGAGUGAUCAAGAGCCAUUACAAGAACAAGAGCAAUAUGGCACUGUCAUCGGUAUCGAUCUGGGAACCACAUACUCCUGUGUUGGUGUAAUGCAGAAGGGCAAAGUCGAGAUCCUCGUGAAUGACCAGGGACACCGAAUAACACCCUCAUACGUGGCCUUUACCGACGAGGAGCGAUUAGUAGGAGACGCAGCAAAGAACCAGGCUGCUGCGAACCCCAAAAAUACCAUCUUUGAUAUCAAGCGUAUGAUCGGUCGCAAGUUCUCGGAUAAGGAUGUCCAAGGUGACAUGAAGCACUUCCCCUUCGAUGUCGUCGAGAAAGAUGGCAAGCCAAACGUCAAGGUUAAUGUCAAUGGAUCCCCCAAGACCUUCACACCCGAAGAGAUCUCGGCCAUGAUUCUUGGAAAGAUGAAGGAGGUCGCAGAGUCAUAUCUUGGAAACAAGGUUACCCACGCAGUUGUUACUGUCCCCGCCUACUUCAAUGACAACCAGAGACAAGCUACAAAGGACGCUGGUAUCAUCGCCGGCUUGAACGUCCUCCGCAUUGUCAACGAACCCACCGCAGCAGCUAUUGCCUACGGUCUCGACAAGACUGAGGGAGAGCGACAAAUCAUUGUCUACGAUCUCGGUGGAGGAACCUUCGAUGUGUCUCUCCUCUCCAUCGACCGUGGUGUAUUCGAGGUCCUUUCUACCGCUGGUGACACCCAUUUGGGAGGGGAAGAUUUCGAUCAGCGAGUCAUCAACUACUUCGCCAAGAAGUACAACAAGGAGAACAAUGUCGAUAUCACCACCGACCUCAAGACCAUGGGCAAGCUGAAGCGCGAAGCUGAGAAGGCCAAGCGAACUCUCUCUUCCCAAAAGACCACCCGUAUCGAAAUCGAGGCUUUCCACAAUGGCAAUGACUUCUCUGAAACUCUCACUCGCGCCAAGUUCGAGGAAUUGAACAUUGAUCUCUUCAGGAAGACUCUCAAGCCUGUCGAGCAGGUUCUCAAGGACGCCAAGGUCAAGAAGACCGAGGUUGACGACAUCGUCUUGGUCGGUGGUUCCACCCGUAUCCCCAAGGUUGUGGAGCUCAUUGAGGAGUACUUCGGAGGCAAGAAGGCAUCGAAGGGUAUCAACCCCGAUGAGGCCGUCGCCUUCGGUGCCGCUGUCCAAGGUGGUGUCCUCUCUGGUGAGGAAGGAACUGAAGAUGUCGUUCUCAUGGACGUUAACCCACUCACUCUCGGUAUCGAAACCACUGGCGGCGUCAUGACCAAGCUCAUCCCCCGCAACACCGUCAUCCCAACCCGCAAGUCCCAAAUCUUCUCCACAGCCGCCGACAACCAGCCCGUAGUCCUAAUCCAGGUCUUUGAGGGAGAACGUACAAUGACCAAGGACAACAACCUCCUCGGCAAGUUCGAGCUCACCGGUAUCCCACCCGCGCCUCGUGGCGUCCCGCAAAUCGAAGUCUCCUUCGAGCUUGACGCAAACGGAAUCUUGAAGGUUACCGCUGGUGACAAGGGCACCGGAAAGUCCGAAUCCAUCACCAUUACCAACGACAAGGGACGUCUCACACAAGAGGAGAUCGACCGCAUGGUUCAAGAAGCCGAGAAGUACGCUGAUGAGGACAAGGCGACGAAGGAGCGCAUUGAGGCCCGAAAUGGUCUUGAGAACUACGCUUUCAGCCUGAAGAACCAGGUCAAUGAUGAGGAAGGCCUCGGCGGCAAGAUUGAUGAGGACGACAAGGAGACUAUCCUCGAAGCCGUCAAGGAAACAACCGACUGGCUCGAAGAGAACGCCGCCUCAGCCACCGCCGAAGACUUCGAGGAGCAAAAGGAGAAGCUGUCCAACGUCGCAUACCCCAUCACCUCCAAGCUUUACGCUGGAGCCGGUGGCCCGGGCGGCGCUGAGGACGAUGAGCCUGAUACUCACGACGAGUUGUAGUCUCCCUUUCUCCUGGCUCUUCAGUUUUUGCAUCCGUCAAGGUAAAUAGAGGUGUAAUAUCCAGUGGAGGGAGAGCAUUUGGUGUUCUUUGAAAUUUCGACUUUUUUUUUCUCUCUGCUGGCGUGCGGGGUUGCGAAUGUGUAAAAUAAAAGCAUAAGAAAGAACGGAGAGCCAAUGCAUACCCGGUUUCGAU